CCAUCUGACAGUCGCGGGUUCCAAGAUGUUUUCCUUCGAGCUCUUCGUCUUUGCCUUGGCUGUAGCCGGGGCUUCAUUGUCCGGAGCCACGGAGGUCUCGUCCUCAGCCGGGGCGCCGACAGUGAAGCUGACCCAGGGCUCCCUGCGGGGUGAGGCGGGCCGCUCUGCAGAUGGCACCACCUUCUACAAGUUCCUGGGGAUCCCCUACGCCAAGCCGCCCGUGGGCAAUCUCCGCUUCGCGGCGCCACAAGAACCGGCGUCGUGGUCCGGGGUGAGGGACGCCACCAAGUUUGGUCACAUGUGCAUCCAGGAUUCGGCGACCGGCACCUCCGAGGACUGCCUCUACCUCAACGUCUACACGCCGCAUCUACCUACCGGCACCGAGAGAGCCGCUCUGCUGCCUGUGAUGGUGGCCAUCCACGGUGGGGCCUUCGUGGCGGGCUCGGGCAACAUCGGCCCGGGACAACUUAUCGACCAUGGCGUGGUGGUGGUCAGCAUCAACUACCGCCUCAACGUAUUUGGUUUCAUGAGUAUUGAGGGAACAGACGCUCCAGGCAACGCCGGACUCAAGGACCAGGUGGCUGCCUUGAAGUGGGUGAAGAAGAACAUCGCACACUUCGGUGGUAACCCUAACAGCGUCACCAUCUUUGGAAUGAGCGCUGGUGGCGCCGCCGUUCACUACCUCAUACUGUCUUCAUUAGCUAAAGGCCUGUUCCACAGAGCAAUCUCUGAGAGUGGCUGCGCCCUCAGCACCUUCGCGUUCAACCACAACAACCAGCAGUACGCCUUCGAGCUGAGCAAGCUGGUCGGCAAGCCAGCCACCACCUCGUCGCAGCUCGUCAAGAACUUGCGGGAGGUCGCCGCCGCCGAGCUCCUCAAGGAACUCCCGAAGGUGACGCACCCCAAACCUUCGACGCGACCUUUCGUGCCGUGCAUCGAGUUCGCGAGGACGGGCGAGCAGCCGUUCCUGCGUCAGUCGCCAACGACGCUGGUGGAGAGAGGCGUUUUCAACUACGUGCCGUACAUCAUCGGAUCGGCCAAGCGGGAAGUGGCCGCCUUCUACUCCGACGCGACGCUGACGUCGCAGUCGUACUGGCAGAACAUCGAAAGGAACCCCGAAGGGUACUUGGUGCCUGCUGAGCUCGGUCUCAAGCAAGGCUCGGAGAAGUCCAAGGAGGUGGCGGAGAAGGUGAAGAAGUUCUACUUCGGCAACAGCGCCAUCUCGUACCAGACCCGCGAGAAGUGGAUCAGCGUGCAGACGGACAUACAGUUCACGAUCGGCAUCGUGAACACGAUCCGCGCUCACGCCAAGCACUCCACCAGCCACACCUACAACUACUACCUGACGUACGGCGCCGCGACACACGGCAUGGAGUGGCAGUACGUGGUGUACAACGGUCCGGUCAAAGGUCAGACGUCAAGCGCCGCCAGGUUCGCGAGGUCUCUGGGGGAGUACUGGACCAGCUUCGCGAAGACAGGGGUGCCGACCGCGGCCGGCGAGGUCACGUGGAAGCCCGUCAGCACCAGCAGCUAUCCGUACCUGGACCUAAACGUCCCCAACACUCUGAAGACCGACGUGGAGAAGCAGCAGAUCGACUUCUGGACCCAAAUAUACAAGCAAUACCGCAAUGGUACGGGUGCUCGGUAAAUAUUGUUUUAAUAACUUCAAUUUAAUGUAAGUUAAAGCGGAUUAAAAUGAUUUGUAACUC